UGGAUUUUCUUGGCGGAAUUUCUCCCAUUUCCAUAUUUUCUUCCUUCGAACUAUUUCCUCUGAAUUGGCAGGGGAUUCACAUCUUUACAGGAGAGAGAUAUAAAGGAGAUUUUAUCUAUUUUUCUCGCAAUGAGUCACGUUGAAGAUUCUAUGCGAAAUCAAAUAGCAGCUCUUUUGCGAGUUAUAAAUUUCACAAAAGCUUUCAAAGAAGACACCGUACCAAGCGUAAUUGAAGAGGGUCUCUUUUUGGGUUCUAUCGCAGCUGCUAAUAAUGUGGAUGCACUUAAACGUUUAAAUAUAACUCAUAUCUUAACUGUGGCUAGCUCCCUGCAGCCUGCGAAUACUGAUGACUUUGUGUACAAAGUUAUACCAGUCUUAGACAAAGAAGACACAGACAUAAGUCAGUAUUUUGAUGAAUGCUUCAAUUUCAUUGAUGAAGCAAGAAGACAAGGCGGUGGUGUAUUGGUUCACUGCUUUGUUGGAAAAUCAAGAAGUGUGACCGUUGUUCUUGCUUAUUUAAUGAAAAAGCAUGGUAUGAGCUUAUCAGAGGCCUUGGAACAUGUGAGGAGCAAACGACCCUUGGCAGCUCCUAAUCCUGGUUUCAUCCAGCAAUUGAAAGAGUUCGAAAAAUCUCUACAAGCCAACAAAGAACAAAUGAAAGCUAACGAAUGAAGAAAAGCUGCUUUCGCCUUGUAGAGAAUCACUCAGUUGGGCAAAGGUAUUGAUAUGAUGAAACAUACUAUAUAGAUUGGAUAUGUCUGCUGCUCCCAUUGGCAUCAAGGAAGAGUCUCCUUUCCAUC